CUUUGAUUGUUAAACAUGUACACAAUUCAGAUUCGCAACCACAAGAAUACAAAGUUAACUUCUACGAAUGUGCUCCUACUCGCAUUAGCAAUGAUUUUCCANUUUUCGUAGUGGAAUCUACAGGAUCUAAGCCCAGUGAAGAUGUACUGAAUACAACAACGCAACAAGUUUCAGUAAGCAUACACAGCAGUAGUCAGAGUUCCCAAAAUUCUUUUAAAGGGAAAGUUAAGAAAGAACGUGUUUCUGAUAGUGAUUUAAAUCAACCGCAUUCCAGACGAAAACGUUUGGUGUGGAUAACAGAUGAUGGUCGACUUGCGCUGCCACCAGGUACAUCACUUACAUUUACACCGACGAUAGCAAUGCCUUUGGUUCGGCAUCCACCGGAGGGUUUCUUUUCAAAUGUAUCCAUUAGCUUUCCAUUGACAAUUGAUUUUGAUAAGCUGGGAUUAACAGACGAGUCAAACCCGCUGGGUGAUUUACCACCCAUAUUGACCAGACAGUUCAGUCGGUCAACAGGACAUUUGCUAGGAGAUUUUGUGGCUCGGUACCUUCACUACAAAAGUAAGCGUGACUUAGCUGCUCAGAAUAAACCGUUGGUCAAGAAAUCUCCGUACUUUCAAAUAAAAGAAGAGGCCCAGGAGGCAGAAAACUUGGAGCUGCCCCGACUUCCAGAACGUUUUAAGCACGUGUUUCACGGCGGGGAGAGAGUUUUACUCUAUGGAGCGUUAGAAGAUUUAUUGGGCACAUUCGGUAUUAAUGGCAAGGCAUGCUUACUACGUACCAUAUGUGAAGUGCACUCCCAGAGAAUUGAACAUUAUGGCGUGUUCGGUGAAAUAGCGAAACUUUUUUUAACCGCUACUAGCUCACCCUUCGCUGAUCUUAUACCUGAAUAUGUGCGUGCUCAAGAGAUAGGAGAAGGACACAAAGCGCCUGGUGAAUGUUUUCCAUAUUAUAAGGAGUGCUCAAAGAGUAUUUUUAGAACCGCACACAAGAACAUAUAUAGAGAAUCACGUUCAGGCGAUAAAUCAGACGAAAAUGAUGUUUUAAACCAAAACCUGCCCGACAAAAUGCAUGCGUUCAUCUCUGUUAAAUCGACCGAUAAUCUUCAUGAAACCAAGCAAACAUUCAGCAUGUGAAGCCGGAGUAAGACAUAAAAUCAAUGAUUGAAGGGAAUUCAUGUAAAUAUCGUGUUUAUUAUUACAAAAUGUACUAAGGCUGUGUGCGAGUACGUCUAAAUUGCUACCUAAAUAGAGAAAAAUCCUAAAUCACUGGAAAGUGUCGGUAAUAUGGUGAAUAGGAAAAAUUUAGAUUUUUUUCCGAGCAUACUUUUCAACCUAAAUUGAACUGUGAAAUAUAAAAGGGCGCGCGAUUAAUCUAACAAUUAUUUUUUUAGAAGUUUUAAGUAAUUUUUAUCUUUUCUAUGGUACAAAAAAGAAAAAUUCAGAA